CAAAGACUCUGCGUCAGAAGCUGAUAGAUGCUGAAGACAUGGCACGAAGGUUUAAAGGAAAACCAGGAGACCUGCUUGAGAUCUUCCGUGGGUCCUAUCAGCACUGGGCCGUCUACAUCGGAGGACAAGAAGUGGUUCAUUUAGUGACAGAUGGUGGACAGUCAUCUGGCUCGUCUGCAAAUCCGAGCAGCAGAGCAGAGGUGAAGCGUGAGAAGCUCACCGACGUGGUCGGCAAUGACAGUUACCAACUCAACAAUCUGCUGGAUGACAGCCGCACGGCUCGUGAGCCGAACGUCAUAGUGAAGGAGGCCUUUGAGAUGGUGGACCACAAGCUACCGUACAACCUUUACAAUAAAAACAGUGAGGACUUUGCUAUCGAGAUGCGAUACGGCAAGGCAGAGUCUUGUCAGUUUAAUGGAAAACCAGGAGACCUGAUUGAGAUCUUCCGUGGGCAAUAUAAGGACUGGGCCAUCUACAUUGGAGAGGAUGAAGUGGUUCAUUUAGUGACAGACGUCUCUUCUAUAAAACACACAGGUGGUGACUCAUCUUGCUCUUUGGAGCUUCUGAGCAGCAGAGCAGAGGUGAAGCGUGAGAAGCUCACCGACGUGGUCGGCAAUGACAGUUACCAGGUCAACAAUCUGCUGGAUGACAGCCGCACGGCUCGUGAGCCGAACGUCAUAGUGAAGGAGGCCCGUGCGAUGGUGGACCACAAGCUACCGUACAACCUUUACAAUAAAAACAGUGAGCACUUUGCUAUCGAGAUGCGAUACGGCAAGGCAGAGUCUUGUCAGUUUAAUGGAAAACCAGGAGACCUGAUCGAGAUUUUCCGUGGGCAAUAUAAGCACUGGGCCGUCUACAUCAGAGAGAAUGAAGUGGUUCAUUUCACUACAGACAGUGGUGACUCAUCUGGCUCGUCUGCAAAUCCGAGCAGCAGCGAUGGAAAGGUGAAGCGUGAGAAGUUCACCGAUGUGGUCGGCAAUGACCGUUACCGCAUAAACAAUCUCCUGGAUAACAUGUACGAUGCUCGUGAUCCUUCCAUCAUAGUGAAGAAGGCCUCUGCGAUGGUCGGCCGCAAGCUGCAGUACGACCUUGACAAUACAAACGCUGAGCACUUUGCUACCGAGAUGCGAUACGGCAAGGCAAAGUCUCGUCAGUUUAAAGGAAAUAAAGGAGACCUGAUCGAGAUCUUCCGUGGGUCCUAUAAGCACUGGGCCGUCUACAUCGGAGGAAAUGAAGUGGUUCAUUUAGUGACAGACGGUGGUCUGUCGUUUGGCUCGUUGGCGAGUCUGAGCAGCAGAGCAGAGGUGAAGCGUGAGAAGCUCACUGACGUGGUCGGCCAUGACCGUUUCAAAGUCAACAAUCUGCUGGAUGACAGGCGCACGGCUCGUGAGCCGAACGUCAUAGUGAAGGAGGCCCGUGCGAUGGUGGACCACAAGCUACCGUACAACCUUGACAAUAAAAACAGUGAGCACUUUGCUACCGACCUGCGAUACGGCGUGGCAGAGUCUUGUCAGUUUAAUGGAAAACCAGGAGACCUGAUUGAGAUCUUCCGUGGGCCCUAUAAGGACUGGGCCGUCUACAUCAGUAAGGAUGAAGUGGUUCAUUUCACUACAGACGGUCGUCAGUCAUCUGGUUCGUCGGCGAGUCUGAGCAGCAGCAGAGGAAAGGUGAAGUGUGAGAAGUUCACUGAUGUGGUCGGCAGUGACCGUUACCAGAUCAACAAUCUGCUGGAUGACCUGUACGAUGCUCGUGAUACUUCCAUCAUGGUGAAGGAGGCCUCUGCAAUGGUGGGCCGCAACCCACAGUACAACCUUGUCACUUACAACAGUGAGCACUUUGCUAGCGAGAUGCGAUACGGCAAGGCAAAGUCUCGUCAGUUUAAAGGAAAACCAGGAGACCUGAUCGAGAUCUUCCGUGGGCACUAUAAGCACUGGGCCAUCUACAUUGGAAAGGAUGAAGUGGUUCAUUUCGGUACAGACAGUAGUGGAUCGUCUGGCUUGUUCAAGAGUCUGAGCCGCAGCGCUGGAACAGUGAAGCGUGAGAAGCUCACAGACGUGGCCGGCAAUGACCGUUACAAGGUCAACAAUCUGCUGGAUGAAGAGUACGAGGCUCGUGAUCCUUCCAUCAUAGUGGACGAGGCCUGUGCGUUUGUGAGCCACAAGCUAUGGUACAGCGUCGUCAAAUUCAACUGUGAGCACUUUGCUACCGAGAUGCGAUACGGCAAGGCAUUGUCUCAGCAGGUUCGUAAAGCCUUUAUAAAAGGCGCCAAGGACUUGGGCGCCUCAGCCGCCUCGGCCUCAUCCUCAUCCAAGUAGGUGGGGCGUUUGCUGUCUGUGCAGCUCUGAUUCGCAGGCGUUCCAGCAGUUAAGAGGAAGAGGAAGACAACAACAACAAAACAAGAACAAAUCACAAACACUGGCAACAAUGAAUGUUGGCAUGUAGCUGACAGUGAUUAUGAUUUAACUUUUUAAAUAUUGAUUUCACUCGUGCAAUAUGGAGAGAAAAAGGUUGUUGCUCAACACAGUUAAAAGACAUUUGACCUUGAAUCAGAAAAGACGAUAAGGCAUUAAAUCAUCUAUAUCUCUAUAUAUCUAGUAGCACUUAUAUAACACUUACAUAUAGAAUUUUGUAGUUUGGCUUUCUUUAGUCAAAUUGUACUUGAUUCUUGAUGCUCUGGGUUUGUUCUCUCAUGGUUGAUGCACUUAUUGUUGCUUUUGAUAAAAGCGUCAGCUGAUUGAAAUGUAAUGUGAUGUGAUGUGAGGGAUGUUUCUUUAUCUUUCAUGUAAUUUUUCACUUUUUAAUUGGAUCAAAUAAUCAUUUGAAAACAAUUUAUAUGGAAUAAAAUAAUUUAAGAUACAUUUCUUCAGUGCAAAUUACUUUCCUCAUUUUAAAGAUAUAUUUAGCAAAGAUCACAUGUUUCUAUUUUUUCAUCCGACUAAUAUCUUGCGUUCUGAUCAAUUCUUCAUUAUGUAUUUAAUGUAAUAAUCGAAGUAAAAUUAAAUGAAAACUAUCUUCUGAACAA